AUGCGUACCAGCAUCAACGCCGGAUCGGUGAGCAAGACCAAGCUCCACCCGCCAUCUACGCAGGGGCCCCAGAGCCUCAAGUACUACGCAAACACGAGCACCCACUUCACCUCCGUGCUCUUUCAGUGCUGCAGCGGGAAAAUCGGGCUGCGAGACGCUCUAUUCUCAAUUCGCGCAAAGGUGAGGCAUGCGAAGUCCUCGUCGCCGCUCCUGCUGACCGCCUUCUCUUUCCAGGGCAUCCAUGAUCGGUUCUGCGACCUAUGCUAUGAACGUCCCCGUCGACGCCAAACGGUCCGCCACCUAUUCCUGCACUGCACCCGCCUCGACAAUGCGCGAAACGAGCUCAUUUUCGACACCGGUCAUCGUAACUUCGCCAGAUGGCUCACAACCGAUAGUCGUGCCGCCGCGAAGUGGGCCUUCAGGUACUUCCCCUUGGAGCAGUUCGACUGGAUGCGCGAGUACCUAUCGCUUCUCGACGAGGAGCCUGCAGAACAACUUCAUGAUGAGACUCCAAGGAGUCCUACGCAUGUGUUGCAUUGA